GCAAAAUAUUAUUAUACAAAUUAGCAUUAAUAUGAAGAUUAUGAUGUACAGGAAUACAGUCCACCAACUUGGAUUAGAAUAGAUUGUAGGAAUUGUGGGAAUUUUAUUUACAGGAUUGAUGGAUUUAUUCUUAGAUUAAGUUUUUUAAGUGUAAUUCUGAUGUCUUGGAAGUUGCUUAGGACGAAGUGUGGGGUUGAUGUUUUGUAUUAGAACAGGCUUCCCAUGUGAAAUUGAUUUGUAGACGAGUGGUUCAUCUCUGAACACAAAGCUCCUACUAUCAGCUUUGAUGAGGAAUAUUUCUGUUAGAGUCCUUGCUUCCACGGAAUCCUCAUUCAAGAAUUGUAUCGUCUCUGGUUGUACAAAAAUGACCAAGAAUUGGCUAAUUUCCAAUAUUAAAAGUUAUUAAAUUGGUUUGAAUUGCCUAUUCAUUGUAUAUGCAUGUUGGGAUGGAUUCCUUCAACAACCCUCUUCAACUUCGCAUAGAUCUUGAUGAGUUGACCAGCAGAGUUUGGGGACAGUGAAUGGUAUAAUGUAUAAGUUAUAAAUAGAAAACAUACUCAAUAGAAUUUGAGUUCAAGAUGUAGCGUGUUAAGAUGUAAAUGAGUUAAUUUAAUUUAUUUUCAGAUACCUGGCAACUGGGGAUAUGUUCAAAACCAUUGCUGUAAGUUAUAGAAUGGGAGAAAGGACAGUCUCAAACAUUGUAUCUCAAGUAUGUAACGCACUGUGGCUUCGUCUGCAGCCUAUCUAUAUGCCUACACCAUCAAAAGAAAUGUGGGAACAUGUAUCUCUAGAUUUUGAAAGGAAGUGGCAAUUUUACAACUGCGUCGGAGCAAUUGAUGGGAAACACAUCUGCAUUCGAAAACCGAUUCAUAGUGGUUCUUCAUUCCAUAACUAUAAACAGUAUUUUUCAGUUGUAUUAAUGGCCUCUGUAGAUGCUCAUUAUCGUUUCACAACGAUAGACGUAGGGUCUAUGGGUAGAUUUAGUGAUGGGAAUAUUUUUUUAAAUUCCCGUUUAGGAACAAUGUUGCACAAUGAAUCUCUAGAAUUGCCUGAUCCCAAAUCCUUACCGGGCCAAAACGAAAUUACUCCUUAUGUGUUUGUUGGGGAUGAAGCGUUCCCACUUAUGCCGAAUUUAAUGCGCCCAUAUCCUAGACUCAAAGUGACUAACAAUUCCCAAAAUAAAGUGUUUAACUAUAGAUUAUCCCGAGCUAGGCAAACUGUGGAAUGUGCUUUCGGAAUUCUGUCAGUACGAUUUCGCGUGUACAAAAGACCUUUUGAAUGUAAGUUAGAAACUAUAGAAAACAUUGUUAAGGCUACGACCGUGCUUCACAAUUAUUUAAGAACCAAUGCCGUACAAUCGAACUCGAUAGAUGUAGACGACGAACUUAUGAUCAGUAACAAUAAUUCUAUUUUAGUUCCUUUACAAAAUAAUCGCAUUAGAAGUUCAAGACAAGCUUUUUUAAUCCGAGAAAAAUUCAAAAUGUGUUUCAAUAGUGCACAAGGUUCCGUUGAGUGGCAAAAUAGAGCAGUUCAGAGAGGGCACUACUGAUGAUUCAUUUUAACAGCACUACUUAAUCUAGCUUUGAUCGCAAAAGUUGUAAUUUACUGCAAAGUGUGUUUUUCUGAACUUUAACAAUGCGAUGUAUAUUGUAAUGUGUGAUGUAAUGAUUUAAGAAAUAAAGAUGUUACGAUAUAAACUUACCGUUCAAACCGAGGUCUGUACCAAUUUUUUCCCAUAGUUCAUCUUUCAUUUUCGUCCUUAUGUAAUCAGGAUGACUUGUAUCAUACAAAAUGGGUCUAUCCCGCACACUUUCUAUCAAACUUUCGACAAGUUCCAUUAUUUCCUUAAACCCACGACGUGAAGGACACACGAAAUCUGUGCGGCUGUCACAAACGAACCACGCGUGGUUGAAGUCAAACUGGGCUGGCCGUGGAGUGGGUUCAAUUUGCGUCACAUCAUCUGGAACUGCGUUUCACAGAAGAGCCCACGUGUGGGCUGGGCGUGUGCUGCCCGUGGGCUGGGUUCAAUUUGCGGCGGGUUUAAAGCAUGGCCAGUCCGAUAUGUUACAGCUAAAGUGUGGCAGAUCAAUCGCCGGGAACUUUAUGGAAGGUGGAACAAAACUGGCAGAUCUGUCCAGCAUAGUGCUGCGAUCAGCUUCGUCCGGUCGACUGCCAACAUUUAAGAUCCUUUUGCUGCUGCUUGGGAUGCUUUUUCAAGAACUCCCGAGUGUAUCCUCCCAAGAGAAGGAAUCGCAGCCUACAUAAGACUUCGCACCAACAAAGGACAUGUUCUGCAGUCUCUUAUAUAUUUUCUUGCCAUAUCGGCUCAGGCUUGUUUCCGCCCUUGGUUCC